AAUUGUGUCCAGCUAUGUAUAACGUGUCUAGGAUUUUUUUUUAAAUAUCGUUCUAAAAUCUUUUGAGAUUUUAAACCAGAAUACAGAAUUCAACCCACAAUUCCAAUCUCAUUAUGAUGCAGCAAUUAGUCAAGAUUCCUUGGCUAAAUAUUACAACUCUAGAAUGUUACAACAAACAGAAGAACCAAAGAAAAAAAAACGUAAUCAUUCACUUAACCAUAACUUAAUUGUAUACUUUUUAAACUCUUUGUAAUUGGACGAAAUUUGCGGAGGUGAGACUGAAUCUGGAGAAUGAAUCCCAAUAGCUGAUGGUAACUGAAGUUUGAAAUCUGGCAUGGUCUAACAGUUUUAAGAAAAUGACAGGAACAAAUAAAAAAUAACUACUACAUGUUUCUCCAUAUAUCAAUGCAGAGAUGGGUUAGUACACUGGAGAAAUAAUUGACUGAAAGUGAGGAGAUGGAGAAAGGCAGCACGAUGAGGGAGGAAUAAGAGAAAGAAAGACAAAGAGAAAUGGAAGCGCUGCUGACAAUGAGAAAGGAGAUUAAGACUUGUAACAAGGUAGACCACAACCGAUGGAAGCUGGAGAGAGAGGUGUUGGAGAAAGUCAACAAGGUGAGGAUGGAACCAGAGCUAGAAAAGAGAAAGGCUAAUUGAAGAGCUGCUGAGGCAGAUAAGGGAGACUGAGGCUCCUAUUGAGGUACACCACUACCAAUGGAAGCUAGAGAGAGAGUUGUUUGAGAAACAGAGAGAAAGCGUAGUGUCAGACAGAAAGAAGAUGGAGCUCAAGAUGGCAAAGCUGAAGGUGCAGAACAUACUGAACUUGGCCGAGAUAGGAGAGGUGACAGUGGAGAGUACUAAGCUGUUAGCAGAGAAUGAAAGGAAGAGAGAGAUGUUGGAGAAACAGAAAAAGCUUAGUGGCAGACAAAGAAAAACUAGAAGUCAAGAUGACAAAGGUGACAAUGCAGAACAUACUGCACUUGGACAAGAUAGGGAAGUUGACCGUGGAGAACACGAGGCUGUUAGCAAAUAAUGAAAGGCAGCGAGAGGUGUUGGACAAACACAGAGAAAGUGCAGCAGCCGACACACAAACCUUCAUGGGCAAUGUAUCAAAGGUGAACAUGUCCUUGGCCAAGUUAUGGAGGUUGAGAGUGGAGAACAAGAAGAGACUGUUAGCUGAGAAUGAAAGGGUGGUGAAGGAGAGGGUGAGAGAGAGGAAUGGAUGGAACCUCAUAAGAAAUGGUUUGAAGGCAGAUUUGGCCAAAGCAGACCUGGAGAGGAAUAAGGUAAGCUGGAUGGAGGACAGGGGGAGAUGGGCCAAGGCCAAGGCUGGCCUACAAAGAAUCUGGGAUCAACAGGGGGAAAGAUGGAUGAAGGAGAAGGAGAAGGAAGAGAUUAAGAGAAGGAGCACACAGGCAGCAGAGGAGUGGAUGAUUGAACUGAGAGAAAAGGAGAGAGCGAUAGAGGCCCUGGAAAGAGAAAAGAUGAGGAUUCUUUGCCUGCAUGGACAAGAGAAGAAGGGAUGGGAGAUGGAAAAGGAGAGGUUGGCGCUUACAUGGGAGUGGGAGAGAACGAAUAGUGAAAUUGAGAAAAUGCAAAGGGAGAAAGACAGAUGGCCAAUAGAGAAGAGAGAUAUGGUGGAGAGGAUGAAAGAGGCAUACAUAAAGCUGUACCAGAUGCAGACUGCCCUGAGGUUCGGAGAGCAAGAGCAGCCACAGAAGGAAACUAAAACUGCCCAGAGAGUCAGGGCAAAGCUAGAGAAGAAGAAGAGGAACGAAAGAGAGAUGUUGGAGAAGAACAAAGUGAAAGAGCUGCUCAGAGCUAUUAAAGCAGAGUAGGGAAGAAGUGAGGAAGAAAAAGGAGAGGGUGAAGGCCCACCUGGACAAGGUGACAAGGAACUGCCGCUCCAUUUUUCAUGUAUCCAUUUGUUUUGUCUUGUUCCCUGCACACCUGGUUUUCAUUCCCCAUUCAAUCUACAUGUAUGUAUUCCUCUGUUCCCCAUCGUGUCUUUGUGUAAGAUUGUAUGUGUUACGUGUAUUUUGUCUAUUGGUGUUUUUGUUACGCUCCAGACAUCUGUCUAUGUUCCGUGUUUUGGGCACGUUGUUUGUGCUUUUGAUAUUUUACCGGAAUAAUGUGUGCGCCUGUUCACUUCACUCUGCUCUCCUGCACCUGACUUCGCCUCCAGUACACAUCAAGUGACCAUAACGAAAGGAAACAGAGGGAGAAAGAGAGAGAAAAGCUGUUGAAAAAAAGCACAUGGCAAAGAAAAUCACAUGGCGUACAUCCCAGACAACUGAAGAAGAAGUCAGAAUGCAACACAGAUGGAAAAGUAAAUACCGUCAGCUGGCACUGGUUAAAAUUUAAAUUCUGUCUUCUUUCAUUUAGUGGAAUACUUCAUCAAUUAAAU